AUGGAGGCCGAGGCGGGCGGCCUGGAGGAGCUGACGGACGAGGAGAUGGCGGCGCUGGGCAAGGAAGAGCUGGUGCGGCGCCUGCGGCGGGAGGAGGCGGCGCGUCUGGCGGCUCUGGUGCAGCGCGGCCGCCUCAUGCAGGAGGUGAAUCGGCAGCUGCAGGGUCACCUGGGCGAGAUCCGCGAGCUCAAGCAGCUCAACCGGCGCUUACAGGCCGAGAACCGUGAGCUGCGCGACCUCUGCUGCUUCCUGGACUCCGAGCGCCAGCGCGGGCGGCGUGCCGCGCGCCAGUGGCAGCUCUUCGGGACCCAAGCAUCCCGAGCUGUGCGCGAGGACUUGGGCGGUUGUUGGCAGAAGCUGGCCGAGCUGGAGGGCCGCCAGGAGGAGCUGCUGCGGGAGAACCUGGCGCUUAAGGAGCUCUGCCUGGCUCUCGGCGAGGAGUGGGGCCCCCGAGGCGGCCCCGGCGGCGCUGGGGGCUCAAGCGCCGGGCCGACACCCGAGCUCGCCUUGCCUCCCUGCGGGCCCCGCGACCUAGGCGAUGGAAGCUCCAGCACCGGCAGCGUGGGCAGUCCCGACCAGUUGCCCCUCGCCUGCUCCCCAGAUGACUGAGCGCUCAGCUUCCUUCACGUCGACGCCCGACCAGACUGCUUCCCAAGCGCCGGGACUGCGGUGGACCUCGGGACCUGGACGCCGUGCCGCCUGAGUACGAGGGGCCGCUGUCAUGGAUUUGGAAACUCUGGCACUAAGGAGGGCCCCUCGCUUUCGCUGGUGGGGCAGCAGGGGAACUGGAGGCUGGAGCGGAGGGACUUGCUGGGGGCGGGGUGGGGGCUAAUAAACUGGAACGGAAGCAGAGCCCGUGGCCUGGGCAGCGUCUGUUUGGGACUCGCCGGGGUGGGAACGAGGGCGGGGACGUUGAGACAGGGUACCAUUGCCAUCCGGAGGGGCUGCAGAACUAAGGCGGCUGACUCCCCCAGGACCUCAAGCCUGGGGCGGGAUGUGGGACCGUGGUAAGCCCCUGGCUCCCCCCAUUAGGCCUCGGGACAGGCCGUGAUCCGGCCCCUGAAGUGGCUCCAGCUCCCUUCCCGGCUCCUUCCUGUCCAAGACAAUGGGGCAGGAAGCAGGUGUUGGGGGCCUAGAACCCAGUCGGCAGCCUCCCCCGAGGCUGGAAGGGGCGUAACAGCGCCCUCCUAUGGUCCGCGCAGGAGCGCUGUGGGCCUCCAUCAGGAGGAAGAAGAUAAUCCUUUUGGCUUGCACCCAACAGCACUCUCUUUCUCCCCUCAGUCCUGGAGAUGAGGCAGCGCAGAUGUAAUCUCAUUCGUCAGAUAAGACAACUGAGGUCCAGAAAUAUCAAAUAAUUUGUCCAAACUCAUGCAGUAAGUCCGUAGAGGUGAGACCGGAGCCUAGGGCUUCUGAUUCCAAAUGUUUUCCUUUUUGCCUCUGGGUUCAAUGAGACCAGGCCAGAACUUCAAGCCUUUUAUUCCAUUUUGGUAGGUUUGUAUAAAAAUACUCUAUGUAGGAAAAUAAAUAGCAGCUGCCUUCCUUGUGGAGGCUUGGAUUCCCUGGA